CUCGUUUUCGUCAUGGAAAAAAAGGUCGUUGACGAACAUAUUUCGUCAUAGUUUUAGUCAACGAAAUUAACACUAGUUUGCACGCACAUUGGCCGUUUGCCUUUUAUUCAUCCCUUCCCCUCAGAACUGCUCACUUCCUGGGUGCACACGUCUGGACUCGCUCAGGUUGGUUCAGUCUGGUGCCAGAUUGAGUAGUUCCCAGCCUGGCUUUUUUCCUGUGUAGAAUAACAUUACAGACAGCGAUGAGGUUGAUCCAUUUUUGCAGUGCUUUGCUGCUGCUUGUCUUUAUUCCAAGAGGCUGUCAUGGAGGAAACAUCUUGGUCUUACCCGUUGAAGGUAGCCACUGGAUCAACAUGGAUAUUCUACUUGAGGCUUUGCACUCCAGAGGACACAAUAUAACUGUUGUGCGUUCUAGCAAAAGCUGGUACAUCAAGGAUGAAUCCUCUUAUUACAAUACUUAUACAGUUCAAGUGGAGAGGAGUCUUGAUCAGGAGUUCAUUACAAAAAUGAUAUUUGACUCCAUAAAAUUUGAAAGGGGGGCUAUUCCCUUGACAAGUUUUCUCAACACGGCCGUAGGAAUGAUAGGCACGUUUGUGGAUGCUCAUUCCACCGUGGGUGAAUUAGUAUCAGCAAUGCUAGACGACAAAGAGUUAAUGAGAAUCCUACAGGACAGCAAGUUUGACCUGGUACUCACCGAUCCCUGCUGGGGCCAUGGGGUCAUUUUGGCCAAAUAUUUAAACCUUCCUUUGGUUUAUAAUGUUCGUUGGCUAAUAGCUGGAGAAGCUCAUCUUGCUAUUGCUCCUUCACCUUUAUCAUAUGUCCCUAUAACAGGAUCUGGACACACUGAUAAGAUGACCUUUCUUCAGAGAGUUACAAAUGUUUUAUUGCAACUAAUCAACCUCAUACAAAAUCAAGUGGUGGUGAAGCUAGUAUACCAGAAACUGUGUGACAAAUAUUUUGGGUCUGAUAUUGACUUCAACCAGUUAAUGCUUGAUGCAGACAUUUGGCUGAUGAGAGUGGACUUUGUGUUUGAGUUUCCUCGUCCCACCAUGCCUAAUGUUGUCUAUAUUGGAGGGUUCCAGUGCAAACCAGCAACACCUCUCCCUGAGCACCUGGAGGAGUUUGUGCAGAGUUCUGGAGAGCAUGGGGUCAUCAUCAUGUCUCUGGGGACCUUUGUAAGUGAACUUCCCUCUGAUAUGGCAAAUGAGAUUGCUGCAACGUUUGCUAAAUUACCCCAGAAAGUCAUCUGGAGAUAUAAAGGUGACAGACCAGCCACUCUGGGCAACAACACUUUAAUAGUAGAUUGGAUGCCUCAGAAUGACCUUUUAGGACAUCCCAAGAUAAAACUGUUUGUGGCUCACGGAGGAACAAAUGGUGUUCAAGAGGCUAUUUAUCACGGAGUACCAGUUGUGGGUCUGCCCCUGUUUUUCGACCAAUUUGACAACCUGCUGCGUCUAAAGGAGAGAGGCGCGGCUAAACUUCUUACCAUUCAAACAGUGGACAAAGACAACAACUUUCAGGAUGCCAUCCAGGAAGUCCUGAAUGAGCCCUCCUACAGGUUGAACAUGCAGAGACUCUCCAGCCUGCACAGAGAUCAGCCAAUGAAGCCGCUGGACACCGCCCUCUUCUGGAUAGAGUUUGUCAUGAGACACAAAGGUGCAGCUCACCUGAGAACAGAGUCCUACAGACUGCCCUGGUAUUCCUACCACUCUGUAGAUGUGAUUUUUUUCCUGGCUGGAGCUGUGCUGCUCAUACUGUUCACUUUUGUGUUUUUCAUCAGGUGUUUGUGCACUAAAAUGUGUAAAUCUAAAGUGAAACGUGAGUAAACAUUCAAGGGAUUUGAUUCAAUUGUGUACAUUAAAUCAAAGAAAUACUUCAAUAUGCAAAAGGGUUUUGGGAUUCAUAUUAUAGACUGAUAUGAGAGUGUUUGAGUGCACAUUCAUGGAACAUUUGACAGCUGACAUGCAUUAGCUUUUAGGUAUAGGUACAUUCAUUUAAUUAGUUUGUUUAUAUUCAAGACAUGUACUUGCAUGAACUUAAUGAAUGUUUUGACCUUUUUCAUAUCACUACAAGCAUAAUACUUGAAAUGUACGUAAAUAUUGUUGUAUUAUAUAAGUCAAAGUAUGGAAAUAUAUGGUCUGUAUUUGAUCUUUGCCCAAGGGCAUUUUGAAGGAGUGCUUGUAUAGCUACUUAAAUUGAAAGAUUCACAGGCUUUCAAUGUUAAGGUCUGGUCAUUCCUAAUGCAGCGCUAAAAUUGGUUUCUGGCUCAUUGAUGACAUCAUCUUUGUACUGUGGCGGUGCAUCUGUAUUUUCACAGACCUGAUGUGGAUGAACUUUGUGAGGUCAUUGAGAUGAGCUUCAGGUGUUUCUGCUUUGUGUUGCUCGACAACAGUUUUCUAAUGUGCUCCUUGCAAAUAUUUGACAAUACUGGAUCUGAAUGGUAUGCUGUAACGAACCACACAAUAAACAUGUUUGUUUACCUUCAAA